AUGUCAGCAGCGGCGACGAUUGCACCACCGCCGUCGGCGAUACCAACACCUCACGUCGGCGAUACCACCCCCCGUUCCAGCGAGACCUCAGAUGACGUCUCGACACUAAAGCCCGCCGCUCAGGCAUCGUGGAGGAAGAAGCGCGGCCUGCACCUCGGCCGCAGUAACAGCGACAACAGCAACACCGCAAAACAUGAAAUUAACCGCACAGCUUCGCCCAAGCGAUCCAAGACGUUUUGGAAAUCGUUCAAGUACCUCCUCGACUUGACGCCAAAGCAAGUCGAUGACUUCAUGGCCUCGUACGUCAUUUACAGUCUCGACUGGGCAGACGAGGAGCAAAUGGUCAAGACGCUCGGCCCAGAGUACAAGGCCAAGAUCGGCGACUGCUUGCAAUCCUACUAUGGGGUCCUGAAUCAUCUCUGCGCGCUGGGCGACGUGGAGAAGAUGUACAUCCCUCCCUUCAUGGACAAAAAGGCGUCCGUUCUCGACAAUCAGAUGCUGUACGAGGAGUCCAUCGCACGGGACAUUGGUCUGAAACCAGGAGACAAGGUCCUGGACCUCGGUUGCGGGCGCGGGAGAGUCGCGGCCCACAUGGCGGCCGUCAGUGGCGCCGUCGUCACGGGCCUAAACAUCGACCCGAACCAGGUUGCCCAGGCCAGGGAGUUCACCGAGCAGAUGGGUCUGCAAAACAGCUUCACGAUCCAGGACAUGAACGAGCUGCCCCUGCCGUUUGAAGACAACUCCUUCGAUGCCUUCUACCAGAUCCAGGCGCUCAGCCUCUGCAAAGACCUCACCAAACUCUUCAGCGAGCUGCGGAGAGUCCUAAAGCCCGGCGCCAAGAUUUCUUUGCUGGAUUGGGUUAGUCUGCCAGCGUACGAUGCGACGAACCCGGAGCAUGCGGAGCUGAUGCGGAGGACGAAGCCGCUCAUCGGAGCUGUGGGGACCCCGACACCCGCUACCUUUGAAGAGGCCUUGACGGCGGCCGGUUUCACCGUCUUGAAGUCCGACAAUGCGAGCAUUGGUGGAUUACAGGCGCCCCUCAUCGACAAGGCCGACGUCUACUUCCGCAGCCUGCGGCAGGUCAUUCUGGGACUCGUCAAGGUUCACCUGCUGCCGCCCCACUUCAAGACGCUCAUCAACCGGCUUUGCCUCGACGGCCAGGCCUUUGUCAAGAUGGAUACCAUGCGGUUGGUGACGACGAGCUAUCGGAUCAUUGCGCAGAAGCAGUGA